CCUGGGCGUGUGGGAGAGCAAACACCUUGUAACUUCUUUCCACACUGUAACCCCACUGAGCAGAAGGAGAUAAUAAUCUUUAUGGAUUUGGCCCUUAUGGUUAAGAGCAUUUGGUCUGAGGUCAUAAAAUGCAAAAUCUCCAUUUGAACCUUUCCCUGCUCUCCACCCUGCUCAUGAAACGUGCUCUUGUCACAAAAACUUGGGAGGCUUUUUUCGAAAUUCUGUGCACUUUGGUCCAGCAUUGAAAACUCUGGCUGGGUAUUGUAGGAUGGCAUUCAGAUUAUUUCCUGCUAAAAACUUCAGUUUUGUCAUCUGGCACCAAAUCCUUUGCUUUCACCCAGCUUGGUCCACGCUCCUGGGAUUAACAGCAUUCCCUUUGCUCUCCUGGUGAUAAAACAAUGUAGGAAGGAGGAUGUAGAGAAAGGCUUUGCCUCAGCUGCUCCAGUCGUGCUCUGCACACCCAAGAGCAAUGUCCAGGUUUCCUGCAGCUCCAUGGAGGAGGAUGUUAGUUCCUGUGGAGGUUUUGGCUGGGCAGACACUUGCCAGCCCCCUGUGCCACUGAGCUGUGCCAGCCCCGAUGCCGAGCCCCAGCGAGCUCAUUGCCCUUGAACUGCUGGUUUGUAAUCCCUGUCUCCAGGGGACUGGGCAGGGCAGCUCGCUGAAAUGAGCACGCUGUCCUUUGGCUUGAGAAAGGUCUGGAAAUGUGCAUCCUGAAGGCCCAGGAACCACCCAGGAAGGAGGAAUGCUGCACGACUGGAUUUCUCCAUCUCCAGGAAGACUCUGGGCUGUGCAGCUGUGUGACCUCUGCUGUGUACAAAGGAGGUGGCUGCCUUGAAUCACAGAGUUUCUCAUUCCUUAGUGGAAUCUCAGCAUGCCUACCAAGAUGGUAACAAAAGAAAACAAAAUUGGCAUUUUAAAUGCUAAGAUGGUUGUGAAAUUUUCAGAAGAUCCUACCUGCAGUUCAGAUGCAGUUCAUAUUUGCAUGGGCUGAUUAAGAGCUGCCAUUUUAAAUCUGUGAGGCACAGUUUAAUUCUUGUAAUCUAUUUAAUUUGAAGAACUUUCUGCACAUAUGGAUAGCCAGACCUAUGUGGAAAAGCUGAACCCAGCUGAAAGCAGAUGUGUUUGCUUUGUAAAAGCCAUUUAAAGGAUAUUUUUUUUUCUUAGACUGCUGUCCACAUCCUGCUGUGAGUUAUUGAAAGCCUCUCAAUCCUUCAUUCCUUUUUAUGAGUUUUCACCAUAAAACCAAAGUCAAUAAUCAAAACAUGUCAAACAGACUUUUCUGAGUGAAUAACUAUAGCUUGCAGGAAGGAGAGAUUGUGAGUGGUGGGAAGUGAGCUGUGGUACAUCUUUCCCCAACCUCUUAUCUCACCAUAAUUUGUGCUUGACUUUAAUAGAGCACCCAUGACAUUUCUCCCCAGGAUUUUUAGCUGCAACACAUUCAUUUUGUCAGCAUAUGGGUGAUUAAAAGGACUAGAUUAGUGUUCAAGUGUCAGCCCUUGGUUCUUACAAGAGGGACCAGGACAGCAGCACUUUGGAAGUCCCAUUUUCUCUCAGGUCUUUGCCACACCUCAACCACAUAAUUGAUGUAAUGUGUCAAUUUGCACCAACAACUGUGGGGUGACACAAAUGAUGUAAGAUUUUCUGAGUUAUCAUAAAUCAGAAACUUUCUUUUCACUUGCAAAAUGCCUGGAAGGAAAUGGAAAUGCCAUGGAAAUGGAAAUGAGUAGGAGCUGGCACUUGGAUGCUGGCUGGGCUACACUGGCCAUGCAAGGGUCAGAAUGACCUUAGGGUCAGCAAGGCUCUCCUACCUCUGGACAUUUGCCUGAAUCCCAGACUGGCCAGUGGUGAGGGAUAGGUCCCCAAAACAGCACUGGUCCACACAUUGUGGGUUCAGCUGUGCAGCUCCUUGUCACAGGAUGCUGCCCAGACUAAACUUUGCACGGGUCCAAGAAAAAACUGGGCAGAUGUGUGGCACAGAAAAGCUACUGAGAGCAUUGCAGUGCAAAGGCACCACUUGCACUCCAGACUUGCACAACACUGAGCAGCAUGCUCCCAUCCCCUUGUGCAGGAGUCUGCUGGUAAAGGGAUGGAGCCUAGACAUACCUGUCCCUGUGCACCACCAGAAAACCCAUGGCAAACUCCCAAGGCUGGCUGAGAAGGUCCCACCUGCUCCCACACCAGCAGCUGGGACCAGGCACAGCUCUGGUACAGACAAUGAAGGAUCCCAAAGAGCUGGAGCAGCAAUACAAGCUUCCUUUCCCAAGCAGGAGCUGGGAGCCUCAGGCUCAUUCCCCUACCCAGAGUCAAACCUCAGCCUGUUCUCCCCCUUCAGGGUGGUACUGGCAGGUGGCCUUGCUGAGGGCAGGUGUCUGUGCUGUUUGUGCAGGUGGGCUGGCUUUGACACUGCUCCUGGCAGGGAUCUGACACGCUGGGUGAGGAGCAAACACACCUCUCCUCAAUCAGCCUCUGCUCUUUGCAGCCAGUCCUCAGGAGAGCCUGAAUCAGCCUCCUGAGCACACUGGUGUGGGAAGGGUGUGAAUGGCACUGGCACCAGGAGGCAGGGCAACAGUGAGGAAUUUUUUUGGGUCAGAAUCAGUGGCAGAUGCUCCCAGCUGAACACCCAGUUUCAAGUGGAGGCUGGGAAGAAAUCAUGGGCUGUUGCCAUGUGCAGUGCCAGAGGCACGCAUGGCUUUUGGCUCUGCUCUGGACAAGUCCUUUUAUCCCACGCUCACCCUGCCCCCCUCUGAUCUUGCAGAUCUUUGGGGGCCUUGUGUGGAUCCUGGUGGCAUCCUCGAGGAUCCCAGACUCCAUGCUGCAGGGCUGGGUGAUGUUUGUCUCCGUGUUCUGCUUUGUCAUGUCCAUCUGCCUCCUGUGUCUCUACUUCUGCGGGGCCCACGGCGGCGGCGGCAGCUGCUGGGUCACCUUGGAUGUCAUCUGCCAGGAGACAGCAGCGCUGUUCUACCUCAGCGCUGCGGUGCUGGAAGCCUACCUGACCUACGCGCUCGGCCUCUUCCCUCCUGGGCAGGUGUACAGGGAGAACAUUGCUGCUGUGGUGUUUGCUUUUGCGGCCACCCUGGUUUAUGUGAUCCACAAGGUGUUCUCGCUCCUGCGGUGGAAAUCGUCCUGAGAGCCUGAGCCACCCCAGGAACAACGACUGCCGUCUCCAGGCUGGGUUUGGGUUUCAUUUCCUGAUGUAUAGUGUGUAAACAAGCAGCUUUUUAUGUGGGAUCUUGGUGAUGAAGACAAGGAGCCUGCCACAGAAAGGAAUAUCCUGGUACAAUCUGUUUCUUUUCAAUAUCUUACAGGCUGGGCACAGUUUGAUGGUGGGGCCAAAAAAAACAAAACAAACCAAAAAGACAAAAAAAACCAAAACAAAACAAAACAAAAAAACGCACAAAAAAACAAACCAGAACAAAGCAACAAAAACCAAAAAAACCCCACCCAGCUUUAAAAUAAUAUAGUUGGGUUCAAAGGGCUAAAAUAUCCCUGGACUGCACCUUUAUGCAUCCAGGGUUGUUACUGGUAUCCAGGAGGAAAAUGAACAACAAGCACCAAGCAGCACAAGUGUGAAAUAGUCAUUUUAAUUGCUGUGUGCCCAUUUAAGAAACUGUAAUUUUAAUUCCUGUGUGCCCAUUUAAGUUUGUUUCCCUGCCUAUAACCACUGCACAAAUUAAUAUUUUCAUGCAGUUUCUGAAAGUGCCUUCUUUGACUUGCAAUGAGCAAUGGGGACAGUAUUUAACUCUGCUCAGGAGCAAUGUGGAUCAUUGCAGCUCCUGAAGGUGCUGCUGAAUUCUGAGGCACGCCAGGAAUUGCCUUUGAUCCCCCUGCAAAGCACAACCUGGAAGGGGCCCAGCAGGCUGUGGGAGAAUUCUCUGGGUGAUCAGAAUAAAAUCCUCAAUAAGCAGAGGCAAUCAACUCCUGCUUUUGGUGAAUGGCUGCUCUCUCAUACACUGCCACGGUGUCACUAAUAAAGAUGGGUUUGCUGUGA